GGACCCUCCUCCCCCAGGGACACACACAGUCCCACACACACAGUAGGGAGCCCCCAGCUAGCAAUGGGCCGGCCCUGUGUGGCAGUGUGCUGCCGGGACCCUCCUCCCCCCAGGGACACCCAAUCCCACACACACAGUAGGGAGCCCCCAGCCUGGGAGGCGUAUGACGUGACUGUGCGUACCCAGGUGCUGCGGGGAGGGCACCGAGUUGGGAGAGGGGUAACGGGAGGGCCAUGGAGUUGGGGCGCAGGAAUGAGAGAAGUUUCUGAGGUGCAUCGAGAGGUUACUGAAAGUCUCGGUUCCCAACAUGGGGCCGUGUGGGAGUUUGUCCGCCUAUGUAUAUGUUCUGGCAGUGGUUGUGUCCAGCAGCCGGCUACACACUCUAGCAGCUUCUUUUUAUGGCGAAAGCUUUGUUGAGCUGAAAACAGCGGAAUCUUUUUCUAAGUCGACGCUUCAUCUUAAAUUUCGAACUAGCAAGCCAGAUGGGUUACUAUUUCUUGCAGCCGGGAAGAAACAAUACAGUUUACUUGAACUACACUCAGGACAUGUCCAGGGGAAAAUUGAUUUUGGAGAAGGUGAACAAAUCUUGCUUCCUAAAAAUGGCCCUCGACUAGAUGACUUGGAGUGGCAUGUGGUUAAACUACACCAUGAAAAUGCAGAUGUUGUUCUAAGUGUUGACCAACACAUUAACUCUAGUCUACGAGUUGCUGGAGGACUGCAGGAGUUCAGUGUUCAUUAUGGUCUCUAUGUUGGAGGAUUCAGUGAUCUGGAUGUUUCUUAUGCAAAAAUAUUGCCGAAUCACUUCAGAGGAUGUUUAGAUGAAGUUGUGUUCAAUAAUCAAGAAUUACUUUCAUCCCUCAGGCCUUAUCCAGGAUUAAAAAAUGUUCAUGAAGUGUCGCUAGGGUGCAGUGAUGAAUUCUUUGUGAGUGAAGAUGAUCCUAUGAGCUUGUUCAGCUCCAAAUCCUACGUAGUGUUACCUCCAUGGACUCUCGAAGAAGGAGGAGUCUGGGAAUGUUUGCUCCAGUCCUCAGCUGGAAAAGGAUUGCUAUUGUAUCAGUCAGGAAGUGUGGGGAAUUUUAUUUCUCUUGAAAUACAAGACUAUAUAUUAAAAGCCCAUCUUAGAAAAGGAAACAGUUUAAUUCAGCUUUCUACUUUGAAUCCAAUUACUGAACAUAAGUGGCACCACAUUAAGCUUAAACUUAGCGCAAAGCAUUUUCACCUGACUUUGGAUGAGGAGACUGUAAAGGCCUCCUUAACACUUAAUUCAAAAAUUGCCCACCUUAAUGGUCCUUUAUUUGUUGGUGGUGUAAAUGAUGCUGCCCGAAAAGUUCUGAUCUCUAGUCUAGGUGCUGUUCCUGGAAAGCAUGCAAAAGUUGUCUCAUUUAAGGGCUGCAUAAAGAACAUAAAGGUCAAUUCCAAAAUAUAUGGCUUAAAAAAUGCUUUGGCUACUAAGGAUGUUUCGCCUGGGUGCAAAACUGAAAUGCUGUUAACCACAUCCCCAGUAAACAAAGCUGAUGAGAUGCAUCUUAACACAGCAGCACCAUCGACCAGUCUUGUCACAACCACAACAGCAGCCACCCAAAAUAAUGCCAAACACCAUUUCAUUGUGCUGAAUAACUUAGUAGUUCAAGAGGGUGGCAGAGCACCAUUGCAAUCUAAGCAUAUCAAAUUGAAUCUGGAUUUUAAAAAGCUGGGUGUCCGUCAGUCACAAAUUACCUUUAAAAUAGUGAAAUAUCCACAAAGCGGCCAGUUGAAAAUAGAUGUUCCAACAACACAAAAUAAAGACGUGUUCACCAUGCUAGAUCUGUGGCAUGGCAGAAUCACUUACAUUCAUGAUGGAUCAGAAGGAACAAAUGAUAAUUUUACUUUUACGGUCACAGCCACCAGCAAAAAUGAGAUUCCCUUUUAUUUAGAUGGGACACAGCAGCAUUUAUUCAGUAUUACAGUAACACCAACAAAUGAUGCACCAGAACUUUCCUUGCCAGAAGGCAAUCUGUUUGUCUUACUGGAAAACUCAAAAAAACGCCUCCCUGCAAAUCUGCUCAAGGUUUCCGAUGUAGACACAGAUCCCCAGAACCUAAAUUUCGUAGUGCUCGGUAACCUCAAUGCAGAUGCUGGGUUCUUAGUAAAUGGAAGGGAUGCAGGAAAGGGAAUAUCUAUAUUUUCUUACUCUGAGCUGCUUGAUGGGAAUAUAUUCUAUGUCCACCAUGGGGUCAAGAAUUCCAGACUUGUACUUAGAGUAAGCGAUGGAGACAAAGUAAGCAACACAGUGGUACUCCGUAUUUUAGCCGUUCCUCUAGAUUAUAAAUUAGUCAACAACACUGGAAUCGUGGUGACACAGGGAGAAAGCACUCUAAUUCUAACCAGUAACUUAGGUGUGGAUACUAAUGCUGAAAACCAGGACAUGGAAAUUAGAUAUGACGUUAUGGAAUUGCCAAAGUAUGGUCAGAUCCAGAGGCGGAGUGUUGGAAAUGAAUGGAAGUCUGCAAAUUCAUUUACUCAAAGAUCCCUUGAGCGUGAGCGGAUACGAUACCUGAGUACAUUUAAUGAGGUACAAGAAGCUGAUGGGACUGAAUACUUUAAGUUUAAAGUCACCAUUGCAAAUAAAUCCAGUGAAGAAUAUCUGUUUCCUAUUAGUGUUCAAUGGCUCAAGUAUACCUUGGUCAAACAUUCUGCUCUUAAUGUUGAAAACAGAAAACCAGUGACUUUCACCACCGAUAAUAUAUUUUCUGUUGUAACUGGAAUAUCAACUGCGGCAAAAGAAAUAUAUUUUAAGGUACUGUCCCUACCUAAAAAAGGCAGGAUUCUUGUUAAUAAAAACAAUUUAAAGGAAAAUGAUAUGUUCAGCCAAGUAGAUAUAACAGAUUUGAAAGUAGAAUAUGAAUUAACUGAUCAGCCUCGUCAAGACUCUCGUGAUUUCUUUAGCUUUAGCUUGUUCACCAAACACGCAGAGUCUAAACCACACGAGUUCCAAAUAAACAUAAAGGCUGACUUGAAUAGCAUUUUCUUGACAAACAAUGGUCUGUCUUUAGCAGAAGGAGACUCAAAGCUUAUAACUAGGAACGAGCUGUUUGUGCAAACUCUGAAUAACAAGACUUUUAGUUAUAAAGUUCAAAAAAGCCCUCAACAUGGAAAGCUUAGGCUUAUUAACUUUUCAGAUUCUGUGCUGAGCAAUGAUAAUAUCACUGCAUUUUCCAGUCAGGAUAUUCUUGGGGAACGUCUCAUGUACGCUCAUGAUGAUACAGAAACAACAGCAGAUUCAUUUACCGUUCUAGCCACAUCUUUGUCUUCAGAAGAUGAAAGUCCCAAUGGAAACAAAGUACAUGCUGAAGUCAUUUUUAACAUAUCUAUCGAACUAAAGAAUGAUGAGAAACCCAUUCGUAUGGUGGACAAACUUUUUCACGUAGUUCGUAACGGUCAGAGACUUGUGACACUGGAGGAUCUCUGUUAUCAUGAUUCUGAUACAGAUUUUACUGACGGUCAGUUAUUAUAUACGAGGCGUGGUAUUCCGAAUGGUGAUCUGGUGUCAGCUAAUGAUCCUUCCACAAAACUUUACCAGUUCACUCAGGAAGACUUGGAAAAGAAACGUGUCUUGUUCAUGCACCAAGGAAGCGAUUAUGGAAGGUUUGUUUUAUUUGUUACCGAUGGCAAACAUUACACAUCAUCUCUACUGGAAGUGAGUGCAUCGGAACCCUAUGUAAAAGUAGUCAAUAACACUGGUCUUUUGGUACAGAAAGGGAAGGAACAAAUCAUAACCAUAUCUAAUAUUAGUAUUGCUACAAAUCUAUAUAUUGAAAGUUACAAGGAGAUUGUGUACAAUAUAGCAUCUUCACCAAAAUACGGGAAAAUACUGGUUCAAGGUUCAGCAGCUGAAUCCUUCACCCAUCUAGACAUAAAAAGUGGACAUGUGACUUUUAGGCAUGAUGACAGCAAUAAUCUGCUGGAUGCUUUCAAUCUGACUGUUACAUUGAAGAAUAUUGCUGUAAAUAUUGAAAUUAAAGUGCGAGUGUACUUGGAAAGCCAUCAACGACUGCCAACUGUGUUGAACCUCAACAUCCUUGUUGUGGAACAGGGGCGCCCAGUUAAAAUUGAUGAAAGGAAAUUACAGGUUGUACAUGAGGAUAACUUGCCAAAAGAGAUAAUUUACUCUGUUAUAUCCCCUCCAUCACAUGGCUAUAUACGCAAGUUUGAAUCUGUAGAGGGUCACUUAACUGCGGAGAAAAAUUCAAUAUUGACAUUUACACAGCAGGAUAUUAAUGAUGGGCUUAUUCACUAUGUGCAGUCUGAUCCUGGUCAGCUCCAAGAUAACUUUACAGUGGACAUAACCAAUGGCAUCCGAAUAAUAAGUGGCAUUACGGUAUCUGUGGAUAUCAUUCCUCUAUUAAUCCCUCUUGCAACCCAGAACAUCACAGUGAAAGAAGGAGCAUCCAAGGCACUGACGGAUGAGCAGCUGAAUAUCUCCAAUAAGCAUUUUGCUGGACUUAACUUUGAGUUUGAGGUUAUUGAUCUGCCUAAAAAUGGCUACAUUGAAAACACCCGAUUCCCUGGAAUAAAAUUGAAUAGAUUUACAAGGAAACAGGUGGAGCAAGAACUGAUCUAUUAUGUUCAUGAUGACAGCGAGACACUGAAUGAUAACUUCACCAUCCUUGUGAACGAUACAGACCUUUCCAAGCACAGCCUGCCUUCUACUAUCUUUGUUACUGUGUCCCCAAUAAAUGAUGAGUUUCCGUUUAUAACUGCCAACAGCAUAUUUAGGGUGUGGGUCGGCUCUGUUACCGAGGUGACUUGUGAGGAUCUCUGUGCUAAAGAUAAGGACACCUCACCAUCAGACCUUGUGUUCUCGAUCACACCUCCUAGCAAUGGUCAUCUGGCCCUCAAAUCGUAUCCAAACAAAAGUAUCCUUAACUUCACACAGCAGCACAUAGAUGACAAACAUCUGGUAUUUGUACAUAGUGGGUCCAUGUCAGGAGGAUUUAAUUUUCAGGUUACUGAUGGCCUGAAUUUUGCUCCAAGACAAAUUUUCAGCAUUACUGCAAGAACUUUGGUAAUAAACCUAGAAGCUAAUAAAGGACUAGAUGUUUUUCCAGGAACACGCAGGGCAAUUACUUCAGACCAUCUGAAAGCUGUAACUAACGACGAGAGCAAUAUGAAGAACAGGACUGUAACAUUUACUGUAGUUGUUCCCCCAAAGCACGGGCUCUUGAUGUUCGGGUUGCACAAUGCAACAGAGGAGGUUUCUGGGUUUUCGCAGCUAAUGGUAGAUGAAGGAGUGAUAUUUUAUGAGCAUACAGAUAAUGAGGCCCUCCUUUGGAAUACACAAGAUUCCUUUACAUUCACUGCAUCAUCUCCCCCUGCUUUUCUGGAAUCCAGUGUUUUUCUCAUAACAAUAUCGUAUGAAAUCAAUGAUCCUGCCAGGAAAAGCCGCCUCAGAGCUAAUACAGGUGCCUCUGUGGAAGAGGGUGGAAAGGUUCUAAUUGAUAAAUCCAAAUUAGAUGGAUCCAACCUAUUACUAAAACUUCCAGAAACCCAGAGAGCCUCAUAUGAAGUUUGGUAUCAAGUGACCUCAUUGCCCAAUCAUGGCAUGAUUAUCGUUGGAGAUCGAAAUAUCACCAAAGACAAACCCAAUUUUUCUCAAUACAUAGUCAAUAAAUUUGGGAUUACUUAUAUGCACGAUGGCUCAGAGUCACUGGCUGAUAGGUUUACUUUUGCUACAUGGCUAAAUUUAAAGAGCAAAUCUGCAGUUAAACCAGACACUGAUGUGUUAGAAGAAAUGUUUAACUUCACCAUUAUUGGUGUGAAUGACCAAUCCCCCGAAUUAAAGACAAAAAGACCUUAUUUGAAAGUAUUGCAAGGGCAAAUGAUUGCUAUUGGAUCUGACAAUUUGAAUGUUGAAGACCUGGACAAUCCUCCUGAAGACAUAAAAUACACCAUAAUAAGUACUCCCAACAAUGGUUUCUUAGCCAACCAUGAAAAUCUAAAUGCAUCCGUUGAUCAUUUUACUCAAGCAGAUAUCAACGAUGGGCAUGUUUGGUUUGUGCAAGAUGGAAGCACUUCCUCUGGAGUUUUCUAUUUCAGUGUGACAGAUGGGAAGCACAAACCUUUGUAUAAACUCUUCAAUAUCGACGUGACAUCAGUCUCUAUUACAUUAGUGAAUCAGACUAAUCUUGUUCUUACCCAAUCGCAGACUUUUCUACCUAUUACAAAUAUGCAUUUAGCAGCUACCACCGAUGGAAGGAGCAAAGAGAUACUUUAUGAAGUUGUCCAGAUGCCUACCUAUGGUCAAGUAAUGAUUGAUUAUGCUCCAGUGACCAAAUUUGGGCAGAUAGAUCUCAAUCUGGGUAAAGUAAAAUACCAUGUGAGAAAUCUAACUGAAUCCCAGGAUAGCUUUGAGUUAAUGGCAAUGACCUCUGAAAGUAAUCUGACAGGACUGGUGCUGAAUGUAACAUUAAAGCCUCUUGUGCAUGUCAUAUCUAAGUUGGAAAUCCCUACGGAAACAAUUUACAUAAUACAAAUUAAAGAUCUUGAUGCAUCUGAGCUGGCCAAUGUGACUGGCAGUGAUCCUGAAUUCCAUAUAAUAGAUGAACCAGGCUAUGGGAGGCUCAUGCGGAGGAAAAUGCCCCAAAGCGAUGCAUAUGAAGACAUAGCUAUGUUUACUCAGGCAGAAAUCGAAACAGGCCGGGUACUUUUGGAAGUUAGCGCCAACCUGACAUACACUGAAAUGCAAAAUGACUCAUUUAGUUUCCUUCUUAAAGCAAGUAAUGUGCCACCUGCCUUGGGAGUCUUUUCAUAUUCUGUGGUGCCAAAUGAUCCGCUACUUUUUCAGGCUGUGACUUCUGAAGGAUAUCUUUCGGCAAGUACUACAGAGUCCUCUCACACCAGUUCUGUCUAUGAGAAAAGGACCCCAAAUUACUGGCUUAACAACACCAGUACAGUGGUUCCCAACAUAAAGAAUGUGCCAAAAUGGGGUAACAGAAAUCGAUGGGGAAACCAAAACAACGAAGAGCUUCUUUUUUCUGAAGCCACCACCAGCUCUUUCAGGGAAGCCACUGUUGGAGCAAAUCCUAUAAGCCCAAAAGCUGAGGCAAGUCAGAAUGGCAGUUCACUAUCUGUUAUUAUCCCACUCGUCAUUCUUGUCCUUCUGAUAUUAGCUGCCAUUUUGAUUGUGUGGUUUCUUAUGAAACGUAAGACUAAAAAGGCUCCACAGCAUGUGAAAUCCAACUCUUACAGUGUGGUGCCUCAGGUACCAUCUCCCUAUAUGGAGCGCAGUGCAACCAUACCAACCGUCACAGUAACACCUCUACAGAAGAGUCAUGAAUAUGUUUCUGUAAGCCCAUUGCUUCCACCACGACAAGCCCAUACCUACGCCAGCAGCUCACCUUCAUUAACAGAAAACGCUCAACAAAAUUCUUGGUUGCAUAUGGAUCCUGAAAUGCUACAACACUGUCGGACAACAAAUCCUACACUGAAAAACAAUCAGUAUUGGGUGUAGCACAAAAUACACCUUAAACUGAAAUACAUGCUGCUCCCUUAUAGGUCUGUGUUUAUGUAUUUUCAAAAUGAUAUAUGUAUGUAUCUAGUAGAAGUAAAUCUAAAGCAACUAGACUUGCUGGGUAGUCAUUGAAGAUGAUUCACUACUCAUCCAAGCAGCUUUUUCAGUUUAACUCACCGGUACGGGAAGUCCUCAGCAUAUAAACUCUUCUUAUGAUCCAAUCACAUUGUGCAGUGUAACUAUUCAGAGAGGUGACAACUGAAACUCGCAAAGGUUGUGAAUGCUGUGAGGCUACUGUGAUAGGAUUACCAAGGUGUCACACACCACAUGCAGUUGAACUGAAGAACCUGCUCAGAUGAGUAGUGAAAUGUC